GAAGAUUUAUUUUAUAUUUUAUAUUAGGAUUUUAAUGUCAUGUUUUACACUCUGUGACUACAUUCAUGACAGGACAGGUAGUUACUGGUUACACAAGAUUCAUCAGUACAAGUUUUCAAUGUCAAACACAGUUAUGGACAAUUUUGUAUCUCCAAUUCACGUCACUUGCAUGUCUUUGGACUGUGGGAGGAAACUAGAGCUCGCGGAGGAAAUCCAGGCAAACACGGGGAGAACAUGCAAACUCCACACAGAAAGGACCCAGACUGCCCCACCUGGGGAUCGAACCCAAGACCUUCUUGCUGUGAGGCGACAGUGCUACCCACCCGCCCAAAGACAUGGCUCAAGAAGUAGAUGUUAUAGUAGUGGGUUCCUGUAUGACCGAUCUGGUCAGAUAUUUGUCAUUAGCCAGGCACCCCGACUGCCCAAAGCUGGAGAGACCAUACAUGGACACAAGUUCUUCAUUGGCUUCGGGGGCAAAGGAGCAAACCAGUGUGUUCAGGCUGCUCGACUGGGAUCUAAGACUGCAAUGGUGUGCAAGGUUGGAAAAGACUUUUUCGGCAACAACUACAUUCAGAAUUUUAUAGACAAUGGUGUAUGCACAGCUUUUGUGGAGCAGACAGCUGAAGCCAUGACUGGAUGUGCCUCUAUUAUCGUAAAUGAUGCUGGUGAGAAUGCCAUAGUGAUCGUCGCCGGUGCCAACAUGCUGCUGGGUGAGAACGAACUGCAGCGGGCACAUUCUGCCCUGGUGAAGGCCAAGGUGCUGGUUUGCCAGCUGGAGGUCAGCCCACAGACCUCUCUACAGGCUCUGAGAAUGGCCCGUCAGAGCCAAGUGAAGACCAUCUUUAACCCUGCCCCCGCUGUUCCGGAUCUCCAUGCUGACUUCUACAAAGAAUCUGAUAUCUUCUGCUGCAAUGAGUCUGAGGCCGAGUUGCUAACAGGGGCUCAUGUGGCGUCAGUAGAGGACGCAGGAAAGGCAGGCCGGGAGCUGCUAAAACGAGGCUGUGCUUCAGUCAUCAUCACCAUGGGAUCUCAUGGCUGUGUAGUUCUGCAGACCUCGGACCCAAAUCCCAAACACAUCCCCACCACCAAGGUCACCCCUGUGGACACUACGGGUGCGGGAGACAGCUUCAUAGGUGCGCUGGCCUUCUACAUCGCCCACUACCCUUCUAUGCAGUUGGAGGAAAUGGCCAGGAGAGCAAACCUGGUAGCUGCAGUGUCUGUACAGACGUUCGGCACUCAAACGUCUUACCCAACGAAGAAGGACCUGCCAGCAGAACUCUUCUAAUCCAUGUAAUCCAGUGUCUUCCAAUCAAGGAAUAAACAUUAACCUCAACCACA